AGAUGAACUAUAAAGAUGUUUCUUUCAGAAGAUGGGGAUCGAGUUCGGGUCCAGGAAUAUGGGUUCCGGGCGGAGGAGAUUAUUUUCAUUCUGAUAGUGGUAGCUGUGUGGAUCGUGGCUAUGGUACUUUGCUACAAACAGUGGGACAGCAUUAGGAUCUUACAACCCAUUGAACCGCGAUACAAACACAGCCCAAAAAACCUAGAGAGUAUACGAAUAGUGAAGAGACCACAAGAUAGCGUCAUCUAUAAAAACUACAGCCGAAAGCUGUCUAUUACAAUGGAUGAAAGAGAGAAAAGGAGAUUACAGAGAAUGAACACCGAGCCCGUACUUCCCAGUGUGUCACGGUUCAGUGCAUUACCCACAAUUCAUAUGGAGGAAGCAACGACAGAAAUGUGACAUUACAUGUGCCUACAUUACGUCAUUCCUCCCACAUCAUGUCCUUUAUAUCAUGCCAAUAAUUUAUUUUGUUUCCAGAUUUCCAAUCAUAUUAUUAAGGACUCAAAAAAAACUGUCUUUGUUUUCCAUCAUCAUAUAAACAUCAAUUCGUUUGUACAUAUUUAACAUAUUCACUGACUUUUUUGUGUGUAGUUUUUUCUUCAAACAAAGCAAUUGCAAUAUCUUCAAAGUGCUCUUUCUGCAGUAAUGCAUUUUGCCCGAAUCAAGACUCCAUCGAUCGAAUAAAUAAUUGUGUUAAGAUUGAACCUCGCCAAAUGCAGGUAGCCAGUGCGGGAUUUAAUCAGCAGAAAAUGUUAUAUUGUAUUGGCAGAAAACUAAUUAUGCUCCCCACAAUCGUAAGUAAUUUUAUAACGUGAAGUCCCAUAUAUACUAUUCAGGCAUUUUAAAGCUUGAUGCUGUUGCAUAACAAUCAUGUUUUUUCUUUUAUAUUUUACUACUGUUUGUAUGCAAUAAUGUACAUAUAAAUGUGCACAUAGGAACUGAUUUACGUUAGAUCCGCUGGAGUAGUGACAAUAAAACUAAAUUACCCUUAACUAUCCCGUAUGCAUGUAUUGAAAAGGAAAAUGUUUUAAAUAAUGACCGAUACAUUGUAUUUGCUUUAACAAUAACUUGUGAACCACCAGCCUCGAUAUAAUGAUAUUAGAAAUAUUGCAAAUGAAUAGUUUACGUUUACACCUGACAGAUGUAAACCUUUAAGAAUCCUCGUCGAUAUAAGGAACAAACUAAAAAUUUGUGUUCUUAGGAAUACUAGACGUAUAGAUUUUCUUUUAUAUACACAAAGUUAAAUAUAUUCUUCGUAUGCUAAAUAUGCCUUUACUACAUAAACUACUUGAAAAGAUUAUAAUUAGUUUGUAUAUGUAUAAAGUAUAUGUUUGGUGAAUCCUUUCAACAACCCUUUCUCUAUUUCCUCAUGGUGCAUCUUUACAACCUUGGCAUUGUUACAUGUGUACUAUAAUGAUUAAUUUAAAAAAGGCAUAUAUCUGGAACCUUUCUAGAUAAGCCUUAUACAAUAUGUAUAUGUACCGCCUUCAUCAAAAUUGAAUGUGAUGGUACUUAUUCUUAUUGGCAGUCUUACUGAAAAAAACUAGGUAUUGGUAUAUCGCAUUUGCAAAUAAUUGGAAAAUACCUGCGAAACCCUACACGAUUUAUCAUGUAGUGUCUUUUAACACCUUUGCCGGUGUGUAAUGG